CGAAGCAGACUUCUCUUCGGAGGAGACUAAACAAGCAAUCUCCUUAUUCUAUAGAUUAGGCAGAAGAAACAAAAGCAGCGGCAGAAGGAGAAGUAUUGGAGUUGUUGGUGUUUUUUUCAUCUUUUGAUGCUGAUCCAGGAUGCCUCCUAAGCAGUCCAAAACCGAUUUAGCGAAAAAGCAGAAGGUUGUUGAAGACAAGACCUUCGGACUCAAGAACAAAAACAAGAGCAAAAAUGUUCAGAAAUACGUUCAGAGUCUCCAGCAAUCUGUCCAACCAAAACCUGACGCUUCGAAGAUCGCCGCCAAGAAGAAGAAGGAGGAAGAGAAGGAAAGAGAGAAGGAGCUGAAUGAUUUGUUCAAAAUUGCUAUUAGUCAGCCUAAGGUUCCAGUUGGUGUUGAUCCAAAGUCUAUAUUGUGUGAGUUUUUCAAAGCGGGGCAAUGUGCCAAGGGUUUUAAGUGCAAGUUCUCUCAUGAUUUAAAUGUCCAGAGAAAGGGUGAAAAGAUUGAUAUUUACAGUGACAAGCGUGAUGAAGACAAAGACGAAACAAUGGAGGAUUGGGAUGAGGAAACGCUUGCAAAGGUCGUGGAAUCAAAAAAUAAGGAAUACAACCAGAGCAAACCAACUGAGAUCGUUUGUAAACACUUUCUGGAAGCAGUGGAGAAGAAACAGUAUGGUUGGUUCUGGGUUUGUCCUAAUGGUGGCAAAGAGUGCCAUUACAGACAUGCUCUUCCUCCUGGAUAUGUGUUAAAAUCUCAAAUGAAGGCUUUGUUGGAGGAAGAGGCUGAAAAGUUGUCUGUUGAGGAAGAGAUAGAAAAUCAGCGUGCAAAAGUAGCAUCUUCAACCCCGUUGACUCCUGAACUCUUCAUGCAAUGGAAGAAGAAGAAGAUGGAAGAAAAGGAAGCUGGUCUUGCUGCACAGAGGGCUGAGAGAGCUAAGAAUGAUCGCAUGAGUGGUCGCGAGCUGUUUCUCUCAGACUCUAGCUUGUUUGUGGAUGAUGUGGAGGCAUAUGAGAAGUACCAAAGAGAAGAAGAAUCAGAUGCCAGUGAACAGAAGGUCAAGGAUGAUUCUGCCUCCCAGGCGCCAAGCACUUCAACAGCUACAGCUGCUGAUGAUGACGACGACGAUGAUGAACUGGACAUGGAUGAGUUAAAUGAGCUAGAAGCAAGCCUGUCAAGAACAUCCAUUCAGAUUCGCGAGCCAGGUAUUGAAGCGUCGUCUUGAGAAAAAGUGAGAAUAUUGCAGUGGGUGGUGGCAAAGCAUCCAUGUGACCCACAAAUGACCAUCACUGGCAGCAUCCCUGCUAUGAGUUUCCAGCAGGAUCCCAGAGAGAUCGAGGGAGCAUCCCAUGAUAGUUUUUUUAUCGACGAUUAUCGUAGGAAAUUUUUUAUAUGAUAAUCUGGGCUUUUGGUGCAUUUUUGUCCUCCAUUGUUCUGAGUAUUUGGUAAUAAGUAUUUAAUGGGUGUCCAAGGAGUCUAAAUUUUGAUGCGAGGUAUUCUCAAACUAGAAGUUCAGAAGGGGGGGAGGGGGAUCAAUGGUAUGGUCUAGUAUAGCGUCAAAAUGAAGUGGUAUUAUCAAAUAAUAUUUACUUCCAACUUAUCCUUAAAUUUUCUGUUUUAGAUUUA